AUGUUGGAAAAUUGGACAGUGACCAGGGACUCAACAUGGGACAACCUUGAAAAUGAAUUCACCUCACAAGAAAUCCUUGAAGUAAUAAAACAACUGAACCCACACAAAUCUCCAGGUCCAGAUGGAAUUCCAAACUUAUUCUACAUAACACACAAAGAAAAACUAGCUCCAAUACUGGCCUCAGCAUUCAACGACACUCUAAGAAAUCCUCAUCUAAUUAGCAAAAAUUACAAAGAAGGCCUCAUUAUCACGAUACCUAAAAAGGGAGACCCCGAACUAAUCAAAAACAGAAGACCAAUUACACUGGCUAACUGUAUAUAUAAAAUCCACUCAAAGCUAAUAAACAAUAGAAUAAUCCCAAUACUAACGAAAGUGAUCAACCACAAUCAAAAAGGUUUCGUACCAGGCAGAUUCAUUCUAGAUAAUAUCAUAUCAAUGAACGAAUUAAUCAACUAUUGUAAUGAUAAAAGAAUUAACGGAAUAAUUACACUAUAUGAUUUCGAAAAAGCUUUUGACUCGAUCUCACACGGUUCAAUACUUAGAUCACUACAACACAUCAACAUUCCAACCAAUAUAAUCAACCUGAUAAUGAAUCUACUCACCAAAUCUGAAGCAAGAAUUGAAAUUAAUGGUAGAACUACUAUACCCUUUGAGAUCAAAAGAGGAGUUAAACAAGGAGAUCCACUAUCACCCACCCUGUUCGUCCUUGUAAUAGAGGCUUUAGCUAGAAAAAUUUUACAAGAUGACCGAAUUACUGGCCUUCCUCUAAACAACAGCAACCACAGAGAGAAAUUCCCAAAGCUUUGCAGACGACUCGGCUUCAAUGGUCCCAGACUCUCAACAACUUGA